AUGCAUUAUGAUGGGCAUGUGGACAGCCCAAAUGAAAAUGUUUGUUAUGUGGGAGGGAAGGUAAAGUAUUGGGAUUAUGUUGAUCCUGAUUGUUUAUCAAUCCAGGAGCUAGAUGGACUUCUUACUGAUGUGGGAUAUCUCCUGCAAGUUGAGACUAAAGACAUAGAAGAAUUUAGAAUAUUGAAUGGGUAUUCAUACUAUUAUAAAGUGGAUGAGCAUAAUAUGAAAGAAGGUCUGGUGGAGUUGAAGAGUGACAAAGAAUUGCUAGCUAUGGCUCAAGAAGUGGUUACUGAUAAAAAGUUUGUUGAGCUAUAUCUUAUCAAGAAAGCUGAGUUAGAAAGCACCAGAUUAGAGGCUGAUGGUGGGCAAAGAGGUGGUUCAAAUCGAAAUCCAAGGAUUGAAAAUGAAGCAAGAAAUGAGUUUGAUGGCGUUAGUGGUUUUGUGGACGAAGAAAAUGAUUUCAGUGACGAUGACUUUGAUAUAAAUGACUUUGAAGGUGGAGAGAACAACGAAAAUCUCAUCAUUGAUAAUGUGAUUGGUGAAGAUUGUGACACCGAUUGUGGGGAUUCAGACUACUUGGCAACAUUCACUCGAGCGAUGAUGAAGAUGGUAGUACAAGAAGGAGGUUCCAAGAGUUUAAUCCGGCAAGAGAUAUGGAAAAUCCAAAAAAAAUUUAGGUAA